GAACUCGAGAAAAUUGUGGGGGACAAAGCCACCUCCGAAGCCAAAAAGUCAAAACCCCAAGUUCAGAAGCCUAAUUGAGAGGGGUACUACUUUUCUAAAGCCAUAUUUGCAGUAACUCGUUCACUUUCUCCCUCAAGGAAACUCCUAAAACUGAAGAGAAACCAUCCAUGGCAGCCAUAUCUAAUAUCUCUCCUUUGUCUUCUUCAUCAUCUCUCUCAAAACCCAUCUCAAAAAACCAUUCUUAUUCCCUGAACACGCCUCAAAAGAGCGCCUUUUCUCUCCUCCCAAAAACCCUUCAAAAACCGUCUUCUUUGCCUUGCAACUAUGUCUAUCAUACCCAGAAACCUCAGUUCACCAUCUCCUCUAAAACCCCCAUCUCUGACUUCUUUUCAACAAACAAAAAUGAGGGCGGUUCUUCUUUUAUUGAUGACGACGACAACGAUAAGCCCCGUGAGGAGUGUGGUGUUGUAGGUAUCUUUGGUGAUCCUGAAGCCUCACGUCUCUGCUAUUUGGCCCUCCACGCGCUUCAGCACCGUGGGCAAGAAGGUGCAGGUAUUGUAGCUGUGAAUGACAAUGUUCUUCAAUCGAUUACUGGUGUUGGUUUAGUGUCUGAGGUGUUUAAUGAAUCUAAACUUGAUCGAUUGCCUGGUGAAAUGGCUAUUGGACAUGUCAGAUAUUCAACUGCUGGUUCUUCUAUGUUGAAAAAUGUGCAGCCUUUUGUUGCUGGGUACAGGUUUGGGUCUAUUGGGGUUGCUCACAAUGGAAACUUGGUGAACUACGGUGCUUUGAGAGCUAUGCUUGAAGAUAAUGGUUCCAUUUUCAAUACUAGUUCUGAUACUGAGGUUGUACUUCAUUUGAUUGCUAUUUCAAAGGCCAGGCCUUUCUUUUUGAGGAUUGUUGAAGCUUGUGAGAAGCUUGAAGGGGCUUAUUCAAUGGUGUUUGUGACUGAGGAUAAGCUUGUUGCGGUGCGCGAUCCCCACGGAUUUAGGCCUUUGGUAAUGGGAAGGAGGAGCAAUGGUGCUGUUGUUUUUGCCUCUGAGACAUGUGCUCUUGAUUUGAUUGAAGCAACAUAUGAGAGAGAGGUGUAUCCUGCUGAAGUGUUGGUGGUGGAUAAAAAGGAUGGGGUUCAAUCAGUUUUCUUGAUGCCUCGCCCUGAACCAAAACAAUGCAUUUUUGAGCAUAUCUAUUUUGCUUUGCCUAAUUCUGUUGUUUUCGGAAGGUCUGUUUAUGAAUCGAGGCAUGUUUUCGGUGAAAUACUUGCUAGCGAGGCUCCAGUUGACUGUGAUGUCGUGAUUGCAGUGCCGGAUUCAGGGGUUGUGUCUGCUCUUGGUUAUGCAGCCAAAGCUGGGGUGCCAUUUCAGCAAGGCCUGAUCAGGUCUCACUAUGUUGGAAGAACUUUUAUUGAGCCUUCACAGAAGAUCAGGGACUUUGGAGUGAAGCUAAAGCUUUCACCGGUCCGUGGUGUAUUGGAAGGUAAGAGGGUUGUGGUGGUGGAUGACUCAAUUGUCAGAGGAACCACAUCUUCAAAAAUCGUUAGGUUGAUUAAGGAGGCAGGAGCUAAGGAGGUUCACAUGAGAAUCGCAAGCCCACCGAUCAUCGCUUCUUGUUAUUACGGAGUGGACACACCAAGCUCCCAGGAGUUGAUAUCGAAUAGAAUGAGUGUGGAGGAGAUCAGACAGUUUAUAGGGUGUGAUUCACUGGCUUUUCUGCCAUUUGAUAGCCUGAAGAAGAUGUUGAGUAGUGAUUCUCCAAAGUUUUGUUAUGCUUGCUUCUCUGGGAAGUACCCAGUGAUGCCAAGAGAGGUUAAAGUGAAACGAGUUGGUGAUUUCUUGGAUGAUGGGUUGAAUGGACCUUUUGAUUCCAUUGAUGGAGGCUGGAUUCAAGGCCCUCGGAAUUUGAACACCGAGAAAGAAAUCGAUCCACUGCUUCAGGCAUGAGUGUGGCGAGUGAAAUAGAUAUCAGUCUUUCUAUUUUCUUCCUUGAACAAAAGCUAGCUGGGCUUCGAAAUUCUAAAGCUUAUACAAUUUUGCCCCAAUGUUUUGCUCUGCAAACUAAUCUCUAAUGAAUGUGUUUGUUGUUUUCUUUGAUAAUAGACAAUGGUGCUGUUGCUUCAUAAUUUAUGUCCCUUGGU